AUGGAAGAGUGCUUAAUGGAAGAGUGCUUAGCUUUGCUCGGUUGUGAGGUGGAGUGGCCUAUUAUCCUCAGUAACAGAUUGAAAGAUUCGAUGAAGCACUUGGUAUUUGAGAAUGCAGAGAGUGUGGUGGCCUCAUGGGAAAUGGUUGGAAUCAAGGACUACACCAAGAUGAAUGAAUAA